UAAAUACUUGAAGUAGAGAAUUAUUUUCACCAAAACAUAAACUUCUUCUACCUGACUUUAUCUGUUUUUUUUUUCCUUCAUUUCCUCAAUUCUCGUCUUCUUCAGAGCAACUAGAAAUGCAAGGAGGAAGGGACCCCUUCUUUGGUUUUGGCGACCCAUUUGCCAGUGGUGGUUUUGAUGGGCAUAGAGAUUUAAUAUCUAGCUUUUUUGGAGGGAGAGACCCAUUUGAUGACCCCUUCUUCACUCGCCCAUUUGGGGGUAUGCUUGAGUCAAGCUUCUUUGGCCCCAGUAGAGGUCCAUUCAUGCAUUCUCAAGCGCCUAGCCUGUUUGGUCCCAGUGGAGUUCCAUUUAUGGAUGCACAAGCAACUGGGUUUCUGGGUCAUCAGUCCUCUCAUCCCCCUAGGUCUAGGGGCCCUAUUAUUGAGGAAUUGAACUCUGAUGAUGAACAAGAUGAAAAUGAAGAUCAGAAGGAAAAGAGGGAUAACCCUAGAAAGCAUGGUAGGUCAAUCAAUGAGCCUUUGGUUGAGGAUCCAGAUGGCGACGCUGAAGAGAGGAGGAGGAAACAAGUGCAGUUCAGGAAUGAUUACCACCGGGGGAGUAUCCCACAGUCACAACCCCGAGCUCAAAGCUUCAGCUUCCAGAGCUCCACUGUAACUUAUGGUGGUGGAAAUGGUGCAUAUUACACUUCAUCUAGUACAAGGAGGACUGGCAGUGAUGGAAUGACAUUUGAGGAAAGCAAAGAAGCUAAUUCAGCUACUCGUGAAGCAGCCCAUAGAGUAUCAAGGGGAAUCCAUGACAAGGGUCAUUCUGUCACUCGGAAGCUGAAAUCUGAUGGUAGGGUGGACUCCAUGCAGACUUUGCACAAUCUGGAAGAAGAUCAACUUGCUGGUUUUGAAGAGGCAUGGAAAGGGAAGGCUAGGAAACAUCUGCCUGGCUGGACUGAUGGUCUGAACACAGAAGUUAUUGGAUCUGGAAGAAGUGCUGUGAAUGGAGCAAAUCAGGGAGGGCGGGCACUUCCUUAUGUAGGAAGGUCCAAUCAACUUGAGAGUGGUGCGGUGCCAGAAAUGGGACAUGCAGCAGGCCCUUCGCGUCCUCACCAUGCUGGAAGGGGAAGAUCAGCUGUUGGUGGCAUGUCGGGUUCUUCAUCCCGCGUUAAAUCAAGGGCAGCUGACACGGCUAACUUGAAUCAAGCCGGGAAGCAUUAGGGAUCCAAGCUCUCUGUAUUAGUGCUGCUAUGCUUUAGGUAGUUACUAGCUAUAUAUGUCUUAGGCUUAUCCUCCAGAUAUCUCGAAACAAGAUCUGUUGUAAGUUGUAACUCUCUGCGCGAGUAUGGUGGUGGUUAUUGAUCCGAUUCUCGGAUCAGUCUGUCUGAAUCGAAUCUGAUAUACGACAGAUGAUAUAAGAUCUGCAUUAGCGUUUGGCAUGCUUUUUCUUUUUA